CAUUAUUUGCUUGGCUCUGACAGUAUUUGAUCAUAAAAAUCUUCCUUGUAGCCCUUCUUAUCACAAAGGAGGGUCCCCAAGUCUUUCCAAAAUUCUUUGAAGAAUACAUCAUGCACACAAACAAGUUGAAAUAUGGAUGUGAAGAUUACUUAUUAAAUUUGCAUUUCCAUGCUUAUACUCCAGUAUAUAAGUAUCCAUCAACUGAAGUUUAAGCAGCAUCCCACUUCAGUUUUUAAUCACUCAAACUAGACCAUGGCUGCACAAAUCCAUUUCAAUGUAUGCAUUCUCUUGAUUACAAUUUCACAGUUCAUUUUCACUUCAUUAGCUCAUGGUACAGAUUCUUACAUUGUUCAUAUGGACUUAUCAGCCAUGCCAAAAGCCUAUUCUGACCACCACAGCUGGUACUUGGCCACCCUUGCCUCAAGAACCGAGGAGUCGAAAAUUAGCACAACCACAAUUCCCUCAUCCUCAAAAAUUAUUUAUACCUACACUAAUGCCAUGCAUGGUUUCAGUGCAGUUCUUUCUGAUUCCGAGCUCGAAUCCAUCAAAAGCUCACCAGGGUAUGUUUCUUCUUUUAGAGAUGUUCCUGUGAAACUUGACACAACUCAUACCUUCAAGUUUCUUGACCUCAACUCCAAUUAUGGUGCAUGGCCGGAGUCUGAUUAUGGCAAAGAUGUCAUUAUAGGCGUAAUUGACACCGGGGUUUGGCCAGAGAGUAAGAGCUAUGAUGAUUAUGGCAUGGCACCUAUUCCAUCCAAAUGGAAGGGGACAUGUGAAAUUGGUACACAGUUUAAUUCCUCUUUGUGCAACAAGAAGCUUAUUGGAGCGCGGUACUUUAGUAAAGGCUUGCUAGCAAGGCAUCCUAAUGCCACCAUAGCAAUGAAUUCUGCUCGCGACACUGAUGGACAUGGCACUCACACCUCCUCCACGGCUGCUGGAAACUAUGUAGACAAUGCAUCAUAUUUCGGUUAUGCCUAUGGAACGGCUAGAGGCAUGGCCCCAAAUGCUCGAGUUGCCAUGUAUAAGGCCUUGUUUGAUGAAGGCUCUGCCUCUUCAGAUAUUUUGGCUGCAAUAGACCAGGCAAUAGAAGAUGGCGUUGAUGUCUUAUCAAUAUCCUUGGGAUUAGAUGGUGUGGCUUUCUUUGAAGAUCCCAUUGCAAUUUCGACGUUUGCAGCCCUUGAGAAGGGCAUAUUUGUUUCAACUUCUGCAGGCAAUGAAGGGCCUUAUCUAGAGACACUACAUAACGGCACACCAUGGGUUCUAACAGUUGCAGCUGGUUCAAUUGACCGCGAAUACCUUGCAUACAUAACCCUUGGAAAUGGAGCUGUAAUAACAGGCCAAACACUCUACCCGGGGAACUCAACAUCCGGCCAGGAUUAUAACAUUCUUUUCAAGGGUGCAUGUCACAAUGACACAGAGCUUAAGGAGGCUGGGGAAAAUAUUGUACUGUGCCAAUUUGAGAGUGGUGAUGCACUCACUGAGCAAGUGUAUGCUUGUGUAAGUGCAAAUGUUUCUGCCGCUAUUUUCAUAACAAACAGCUCAGACUUGGGGCUCUUUCUUCAGACCUCUUUUCCAGCUCUCUUAUUGAAUCCACAAGAUGGUGAAACAAUAUUGAAUUACGUCGACUCAAAUGAGAAGGCAAAAGCUAGCUUUGAAUAUCAAAAAACUAGUUUGGGUACCAAACCAGCACCUAAAGUAGCUGCCUAUAGCUCGAGAGGACCAUCGCCUAGUUGUCCAUUUGUGUUGAAACCUGACAUUCUGGGACCUGGUGACCUUGUUCUAGCUUCUUGGCCUAGCAAUGUGGAAGCCGCUCGAGUUGGCUCAACUGAAUAUUUCAGUGACUUCAAUCUGUUAUCUGGUACCUCAAUGUCAUGUCCACAUUUGGCAGGGCUUGCGGCGCUGCUCAAAGGAGCUCACCGCGACUGGAGCCCUGCAGCAAUCCGGUCUGCAAUGAUGACCACAGCAGACUUUUUGGACAAUACAAACAGCCCAAUCCAAGAUAUUGGUUAUAACCAACCAGCCACUCCUUUUGCCACUGGAGCUGGCCAUGUCAAUCCGAACAAGGCCUUGGAUCCCGGGCUCAUAUACGAUGUAAACGCAUUAGAUUACAUAAAUCUCUUAUGUGCUCUGAAUUACACCAGCAAGCAAAUACAAACUGUUACAAGAACAGGUACAAACAACUGCUCCAGUCCCUCACUGGACCUCAAUUACCCUUCUUUCAUCGCCUUCUUCGACGCAAGUGAUUCAGGUGUCCUGGCUCAGCAAGAAUUUCAAAGGACUGUGACUAAUGUUGGAGAUGAAAUAUCAGUCUAUGAAGCAAAAAUUACCCCAAUGGAUGGCUUGGUAGUCAGAGCUGUCCCUGAUAAAUUGGUUUUUAAGGAAAAAUACGACAAGCAAAGCUACAAAUUGGUUGUACAAGGUCCGCGAAAGCUGAAAAGCAGCAUCAUUCAUGGCUCUAUCAGUUGGAUCCAAGUUGGAGGUAAACAUGUUGUCAGGAGUCCGAUUUUGGUUACAAAUCUCAGCUCCGAUAUUUUGCCAGGGGAUGACUAACCUGUCUUUUGUACUUAAUUUUUCAUGUAAUAGCCACAGUUACUAAUCAUAUGAAUAAACAUCACACAAUGAUUCCAUUUGAGAACCUAA